AUGAUUUAUCUCAGGACCCGGGUUUGGCCCAUCCCUCGACGCUGGCCAUUUGCCCUCACCGGCACCGUGGUCAGCGCAAGCGGCUGCAAUGCCUCGGCGAGGGAUACGCUCCGGCAUGGAUCUCCCGAGUCGGUGGGGAUGCUUCCCGGGCCUUUAUCCCAAAUGGUUGCAAAUCUGACAGCAUACACCGAGACGCGCAACUGGACGGCGCACUCGUACAACCAGGUUGUCCCCAUCGAACCCGGGGGAGCAACGCUAAUAGCUCGCCACGGAGUCAUCGUAUCGGCCUUUGCAUUUGGCAAGCGCCUCCUGUACGCCAACGUUUCCGGACUGGAGGGAACGCUGCUACCCGCCGAGGAUCAGGAGGACGCGACACUGGACACGAUAUACGACAUGGCCUCGCUGACGAAGCUGUUCACCACGGUGGCGGCGCUGCGACAGAUCGACGAGUCCCGGAUCACCAUCAACGGCACCGUGGCCGAGUACCUCCCCGAGUUCGCGGUCAACGGCAAGGAGAACGUGACCCUGCUCCAGCUUAUGACGCACACCAGCGGACUGUCCGAGUCACCGGACCCGGGACUGAGUUCGCCACAGUAUAGGACUUACGAUGAGCGGGUGCAAGCGAUCCUGAACGAGACGCUGGAAAACGAGCCGGGGAGCGUGUUUUUGUACUCGGAUCUGAACUACAUGACGCUCAUGCUGGUCCUCGAGCGCGUGACGGGGCGCAAGCUGGACGCGCUGAUCGGCGAUUUCACGCGGGAGCUGGGCAUGCGAGACACGUACUUCAACCGGGGCAACAUCGAGGGGCCGGCCUCGCCCUUGUACGGGCGGACGGCGGCGCAGGAAUUCCAGAUCGCGGUGCUCGGGCCGGGGGAGCCGCAGCGGCCGCAGCCGGUGCGCGGCACGGUGCACGACGAGAACGCGUGGGCGCUGGACGGGGUGGCGGGGCACGCGGGCCUGUUCUCGACCGUGGCCGACACGGCGCGGCUGUGCCAGAUGAUACUGAACAACGGCACGUACGGCGGGGUACGCGUGCUUUCCGGGCCGGCGGUCGACCUCGUCUUCACAAACUUCAACUCCCGGUUCCCCGACGAUGCGCACGGCGCUGGGUUCGAGUUGGACCAGUUCUACACCUCCGGACCCAUGGCAAACCCCCUCGCGGCGAGCCACACCGGCUUCACCGGCACGAGCGUCGUGAUUGACCGCGCGAGCGACACCUUCUUUCUGCAUUUCGCCAACCGGGCGCACCCUUCCAGGACGUGGUCUAGCAAUAACAUCGUCCGGGAGUCGUUGGGCUAUUGGGUUGCGAAGAGCUUGGGAAGGGAUGUGCCGUUCCCACCAUAGGAAAAAGAGCUGCAGCUAGCUGCAGCUUCACCUGCACCUGCACCUGCACCGGACAUGGCGGGGAUGCCCGGGAGCUGACUGAAGCGGGGCGACAACUUGGAGAUUCGGUCAGGAACCUGCGGGGUUUGCAAUUGAACUUGGAAUGAGGAGCAGAAUGGGCAACCAGAAAGGGCUUGUUGGAUUCCUGCACCUGAUCAUCGAGUCCCGUGGCUGUUUAUUAGCGUUGAUUCAUUCAUGCUAUCUUGCGUUCGUGUUGUUGGUUGGCUGGAAUCCGCCCCGGCAGCUGGUAGGGGGGGAAACCAGGACUUGAUAUGCCGGCAGGCAGCCGCCUGGAAUUUACGAGAUAGCAAAAAAAGUAACUUUGUCCAACCUACCUUAGGUACCUAACUUUGCAGAUAUGAAAGGGG